AGGGGCUGCCGUGGGCGGUGGGAGCCAUGUUCCUGAGCCCGGGCGAGGGGCCGGUGGCCGAGGGUGGGGGUCUGGGGCCGGGCGAGGAGGCCCCCAAGAAGAAGCACCGGAGGAACCGCACGACCUUCACCACCUACCAGCUGCACCAGCUGGAGCGGGCGUUCGAGGCCUCCCACUACCCGGAUGUGUACAGCCGCGAGGAGCUGGCGGCCAAGGUGCACCUGCCUGAGGUGCGGGUACAGGUGUGGUUCCAGAACCGCCGGGCCAAGUGGAGGCGCCAGGAGCGGCUGGAGUCGGGCUCAGGCGCCGUGGCAGCCCCGAGACUCCCCGAGGCCCCGGCGCUGCCGUUUGCCCGCCCCCCGGCCGUGCCGCUGCCCCUGGAGCCCUGGCUGGGCCCCGGACCGCCGGCCGUGCCAGGCCUGCCCCGCCUCCUGGGCCCGGGCCCGGGGCUGCCAGCGUCCUUCUCGCCCCAUGCCUUUGGCCCCGCGUUCGCAGACAGCUUCGCCCUGGAGGAGGCGUCCCUGCGGCUGCUGGCGAAGGAGCACGCGCAGGCCGUGGACAGGGCCUGGCCGCCAGCCUGAGCCUGCGCCCCCCCCCGGGCCCCUCCUCGGCCCCACCCGAGAGCCGGGGACGUGCCCUGGUGACAGCCACCACGCCUUGGGCUAGGCCGAGGUCAGACCAGGCCACGACUGGGGAGUGGGACCAGAGACAGCCCGAUGGGUCCCCGGCCCCCGGCCCCCAUGCCCCACCCAUCACCACCCAUCCUGCUGGCAGCGGACUGGCCCUGAGUGUCAGGCAGGAGGUGUUCGGAGCA